CCCCUCUCGAAAUAGCAAUUGCAGUGAUGAAAUGGACCCCAAUCAGCGGUCCGAACUCUUAAAGUCAAUCAAAAACGUCGGUUACGAUGAAGCUCUCCUGUCCGAAAAUCAAUUGUCGACCGCCCUAGAUGAAGGCCCCAAGAGUGUCGAGUACACAAAAUUGGUCAGUUUUCUCGCGAACGAGCUGCGAGAAAUAUGCAACUUGGACGAGCACAUCAACACGAUCGCAACCCCCGAAGACUCGAGCACGUUCAUCAUGGAAACGAGCUCCUUUCUGCACGAGCUGAGCUGCCCCUACGAGCGUCUCGUGCAGGGACCCGUCUCGGACCGUCUAAACACGCCAGAAGAUCGACACCUGCUCGUCAGGUAUUUAACUUCGGAACUGAUGGCCGCUCGAAUCUUACGCGAAAAUCAACCGGGGAAGCGACUGGACUUGAAAUUGAAAGAGUCAGAACAGGCGAGCGAUUUACGAAAAAUCCUGCAAAUCUUGGGCUACCCUCAACCGCCGAAGAAUAUAACGAUGCAACUUUUGCUUAAGAAACUCGUACCCAGCAUACAGAAUUUGAUCGCGAAAGCACCGAAAGAUCUGAUCGGCAGUCCGAUUUUUAGCGGUACGUUGUCCGAGGAGCAGUGGGAAACGCUCGAAACGGUCAAUCGAGAUUUGCACGACGAAUAUUUUAUACGAAGGGAGAUGCUGUUGAAACGGCUCGAUUGUACCAUACAGUCGUUUCAGUGGUCGGGGAAGACGAAAGGAAAGGACGGCAAAUUUGAACGAGACUACGGCGAGAAACGCAAACCGCUGACCCCCGAACCCGAGAUCGGCAUCGCCGAUUUGCUUGCGGCGCGCGACGACGUCGCCAUCAUCGAGAAGACCAGCAACGCGGCGGUACGCAAGCACACCAAAUCGUCCAUAAAUCGAGUCAUCAUAGGCGCUGUGCCCGAUCGCGGCGGCCGAACGUCAGAGCAGGCGCCUCCUCCUCCCGAAAUGCCACCGUGGCAGCAGCGCAACGCGGGUCCCAUGGGCGGAGGCGGCCGCGGAGGAGCUGGCAAUUUCUCGAGAGGAGGCGGCGGCAGUAAUUUCUCACAAGGAGGUGGUUUUAAUAGUUCGAAUUCCAGGGGCGGCGGUGCCGGUAACUUUUCGCAAGGGAAUUACGCCGGCAACCGAAGCUCGUUUGACAGUGCGGGAAGCUACGGUUACUCUCAGGGCGACAAUUCGCGAGGUGGCGGCGUAAGUAGUUAUUCGCGGGGAAGUUAUUCGAACAAUCGAGGGUCGUUCGAUAGCGCGGGAAGCUACGGAGAUACUUCGCGCGGUAGUAAUUAUUCGGGAGGUUUUUCGAGAGAUAACAAUGGCGGAUUAGGUGGGAAAUCGAUUGACAGUUAUUCGCGAGACAGUAACAGCGGAUAUUCUCGAGGAGGCGGAUAUUCUCAAAGUGGCAACAGCGGGUAUGGCAGAGACAGCAAUAGCGGUUAUUCGCGAGAUAGUGGAUAUUCUCAAGAUAAUAGCGGAUAUUCUCGAGAUAGCAACAGCGGAUAUUCCCGAGACAGCGGUGGAUAUUCGCAAGGGGGAUACUCGAAGGGUUUCGAUAGCGCCGGUAGUUACGGCGGUCAAUCGUAUCAGGAGCCGAAACGGGCGAAAACUUUCGAUCAAUUUCAGCAGAGUAAGAGCACGUAUGCCGACCAGUACGUCCAGGAGAGCCAACACAAUAUGCAGUAUCAAUCGAGAGAUCGCGAUAAUAGGGGCAGGGGGCGGGGAGGUAGGUCGAAUUAUAAUCGUGGAGGUGGAUCCUACCGGUAAAUUGACUAAUUUAUUAGUGUACCAUUUACCAUGAGAUCCCGUUUUUAAUCUGGCUAUAGUCUUAAUCAUAACAAUCGCGAUUUUAAUUUAUAUGAUUUUUGUAUAUUGUGUAUGCAUGUUAUUUAAUAAAAUUAACAAUACUUGA